GUAUUAUUAUUUAUGAAUUCUAAGAAUGAAGGAAUCGAAAUGAAACCAAUCCUCAAAUAAGAUCGAGAGGAAAUUUCAAAAUAUGAUAUAACAAAAGCUGCCCAUCCUGGCAUUUGCUUUUUUCAUAUAUUUUUUAAAUUUUGUGCAUUUUUUUCAUAUCUAUUUUUAGGGUUAAUAAUAUCAAGCACAUUAUUUUAAUACAUCCUGAUUAUGAUUUUUCAUUCUUUUGACUUUUAUACUGUUAAGAAUAUUACAGGAAAAUUUUUGGUUGGUUUAAGAUGGUAUUCAGAUUUUACUCCAAAAGGAGAUGAAAUUUGGAGAUUUGAAUGUUUCGAUAAAUGCAAAAGAAGUAAAAUAGAUUCGUCAGUAUUUUGGACUUUUUAAUUUGGAGCAUCAUGUGCAUGGGCAUUUUUUGUAUUUACUAAUGUUUUGUCAUUUGAAUUUGUAGAUAUCAUAUUUGCUGGAAUUGGAGCGAGUUUAAGUUGGAUCAACUUAUGGGGAUUCUAUAAAUGCUCAAAAGAUUAAUAAAGAAAAAUGAAGGGAGUUCAAUCUUAUUUGACUAAAAAGGGAUUACAAAUGGCUGUUUAGAGUUGAGUUAGAAUUCAGUUAGAAUUUCAUAAAUUCUACAUUAGUUAAUAUUAUUA